UGCACUCUUGGAAAGUGUUCCAUCAGCCGUAGGGGACCAGCCAAAAGGCCACUGCCCCUUCAGACUGCAGGAGUCGGCACGUGUCCAGAGCAACAGGGGAGGCUGUGGUUAUGGUGAAUGAAGAUCCUAACCCGGUGGAGCGCGAUGACAACCCUGCGCAGGAGUCCGCACUCCAAAAGGACCCCUCCUUCUCCGCUGCCCCCAGCGUCUCCGUCCAUCCAAGCGUCUCUGUCCACCCCAGCGUCUCUGUCCACCCCAACGUCUCCAUUCAGCCCAGCACCUCCGCCCACCCCAGCAGUUCGGCCCAACCCAGUGGUUUGACCCACCCGAGUAGCUCGGGCCCCGAGGACCUCGGCGUGAUCAAGGUGAGCAGGCGCCGUUGGCUGGUGGUCCUGGUGUUCAGCUGCUACUCCAUGUGUAAUGCCUUUCAGUGGAUCCAGUACGGCUCCAUCAAUAACAUCUUCAUGAACUUCUACGGGGUCAGCACCUUUGCCAUCGACUGGCUGUCCAUGUGCUACAUGCUCACUUACAUCCCUCUGCUCCUGCCUGUGGCCUGGCUGUUGGAGAAAUUCGGUCUGCGCACCAUUGCCCUCACCGGCUCGGCUCUCAACUGCCUAGGGGCCUGGGUGAAGUUGGGUAGUCUGCAGCCCCAUCUUUUCCCAGUCACCGUGGUGGGCCAGGUCAUUUGCUCCGUGGCCCAGGUCUUCAUCCUGGGAAUGCCCUCUCGCAUCGCUUCAGUCUGGUUCGGCGCUGAUGAGGUUUCCACAGCCUGUUCGGUGGCUGUCUUUGGCAAUCAGCUUGGAAUUGCGAUUGGGUUCUUGGUCCCUCCUGUUUUGGUACCCAACAUCAAAGACCAGGAGAAGCUUGCUUACCACAUCAGCAUCAUGUUCUACAUAAUAGGAGGUGUCGCCACUCUCCUUUUCAUCCUUGUUGUCAUCGUAUUCAAGGAGAAGCCUAAACACGCCCCCAGCAGGGCCCAGUCCCUGAGCUAUGCCUUGUCGUCCCCUGAUGCCUCAUACUUAAGUUCCAUCGUCCGGCUCUUCAAAAACCUCAACUUUGUGCUACUUGUCAUCACCUAUGGUCUGAAUGCCGGUGCCUUUUAUGCCUUGUCCACUCUGCUGAAUCGCAUGGUGAUCUCGCACUUCCCGGGGGAAGAAGUGAACGCUGGAAGAAUCGGUCUGACCAUCGUCAUUGCAGGAAUGCUUGGGGCUAUGCUUUCAGGCAUCUGGCUGGAUAAGUCCAAAACCUACAAGGAAACAACCCUAGUUGUUUAUAUCAUGACCUUGGUAGGCAUGGUGAUAUACACGUUCACCUUGAACCUGGGACACCUGUGGAUUGUGUUUGUCACUGCUGGUGUAAUGGGCUUUUUCAUGACUGGCUAUUUGCCUCUGGGGUUUGAGUUUGCUGCAGAGCUCACAUACCCAGAAUCCGAGGGCGUGUCAUCUGGUCUUCUCAACGUGUCUGCACAGGUAUUUGGGAUCAUCUUCACCAUUUCCCAGGGCCAGAUUAUCGACAACUAUGGAACCUUGCCUGGGAACAUCUUCCUCUGUGUGUUCCUCACCCUUGGAGCAGCCCUUACUGCUUUUAUUAGGGCAGAUCUCCGGAGGCAGAAGGCAAACAAAGAAACUCCUGAGACUAAAGUCCAGGAGGAAGAGGAGAGCAACAUCAGCAAGGCACCCACCAUCAUGUCAGAGGCUCAUCUCUGA